AUGCAUGCUCUACACGGGUUUCUGCUUUUUCAUCUUCUGACAUGUCUUGGACUUCACGCACUUGGGAGUGAAAUCAUAAAUGGUAAUAAGGUCCCUGAGAACUUAAUGCUGUAUAUGGCCUCGGUGCAGAACAACGAAGGACAACAUGUGUGUGGAGGAUUCCUAAUCAAUGAAGACUUUGUGCUCACUGCUGCACACUGUGAUGACGACAGCAUUACACGUGUUGUUCUUGGCACCCACAAUCUCAAGAACAUUAACUACGUAAACAUAAGAAACAUUCAACAGAGAUACAAACACCCAUAUUAUCAGACAGUAGGAAAGGGAAAGGACAUCAUGCUCCUCAAACUGGCUGAGAAGGCUCGACUGGACAACCGAGUCCAAACCAUUCCACUUCCCAGACCUGAAACAAACAUUAAAGAAAACCAAAGGUGCCGUGUAGCUGGAUGGGGUUCCAUAAAAACUAAUGGUAGCAUUGUUGAUGAUCUGAGAGUGGUGGAUGUGUCUAUCAUCAACCUGCAAGUCUGUAAGGAGAAAUGGUCUCGUCUUCCUCUUCCUGACAGUGUUAUCUGUGCAGGUGGAUAUAAGACCAACAAAGGAUUCUGUCAGGGUGAUUCUGGUGGUCCUCUGGUGUGUGAUGGGAAGGCUGUUGGAGUCGUGUCUUUCAACAAGUUUGCAAACUGUAACUACCCAAAUGUGCCCAACGUCUACACGGAGACCUCAAAAUAUCUUGGCUGGAUCAAAAGCAUCAUCAAACCUUAUGAGAAACCUACAAGUGUCGUCCUUGGCACCCACAAUCUCAAGAAGGUUGAUAAUGACACAAUGAGAUACAGUGUGAAGACAUGCAAGCAUCCAUCUUAUGAGAGUGUCUCAAAGGGGGAUGACAUCAUGCUCCUAAAGUUGUCUAAGAAAGCUUGACUCAACAAGGCAGUACAACUGAUUAAACUUCCGAAGACUGACAUUAAAAUAAAGGAUAAAGCAAAGUGCUGUGUGGCUGGAUGGGGUUCCACAGAGACUGGUGGUAGAGCGGUUGAUGUGCUGGAAGAGGCAGAUGUGUCUAUCAUAAACCCGGAGGUCUGUAAGAAAGAAUGGCUUAAAAGUCCAUCAUUAAAACUUCCUGCCAAUGUUAUGUGUGCAGGUGGAUAUGAGACAAAGGAAGGAUUCUGUCAGGGUGAUUCUGGUGGUCCUCUGGUGUGUGACGGGACGGCUAUUGGGUCUUUCAACAAGUUUGCAAACUGUAACUACCCAGAUGUACCCAACGUCUACACGGAUAUAUCAAAAUACCUUCCCUGGAUCAAAAAGAUUCUCAAGCAAGGGAAUUGUUAA